GGAAGGUCCCCGCUUGAAGGCGGCGGAGCGGCGCAGCUCCUGCACUUUCCCACCUCCUCGAGUCAAUAAAUAAGAAACUUACAUCGCGUCUGCGGAGGCUGCGAGGAUCCGGAGGCCGUCCCCGUGCUGCCCACCUGGAGCGCAGGUGUGAGGAUGGGCCUGGCCAGGAUGCCCAGCAAGGCUGCCCUCGGGAGCGGCAGUGGGAGGCAGUGGAGCUGGCCUCGGCAGCGGGAGAGGCUGGACUUCCCGUGUGUCUGUGCUGAAUGGCUGCGAUGGCGCCCGCUCUCACUGACGCAGCAGCCGAAGCUCACCACAUCCGAUUCAAGCUGGCUCCCCCGUCCUCCACCUUGUCGCCUGGCAGUGCCGAGAGCAACGGCAACGCCAACAGCAUCCUCCUGGCUGCCAACGGCACCAAAAGGAAAGCCAUCGCUCCGGAGGAUCCCAGUCUAGAUUUCCGAAACAACCCCACCAAGGAAGAGCUGGGCAAGCUGCAGCCGCUAGUGGCCUCUUAUCUCUGCUCGGAUGUAACAUCUGUCUCUUCAAAAGAGCCUCUGAAGCUGCAAGGAGUCUUCAACAAGCAGACAGUCCUUAAAUCUCACUCUCUCUUAUCUCAGUCCUUUUUGAAAACAAGUGAUCUGUUGGGGAGGCAACCAGUGUUGGAAUUCACUUUGGAGAAUCUAAAAACAAUGAGUACCAAUAGCCAGCCACCUCUCCCGCAAGCGCCUGUGAAUGGCUUGGCCAAGAAAUUGGCCAAAAGUACCAAUUCAGACCAUGAAAACUCUAGUUCUCUGAAUGGUGGGAAGUGUGCUUCUCCUUCUGCUGCCCUCCAGACUGUUGACUAUAAUACAGGAGGUUCUGAAUUGGGGGACUUGAAGACCGGCUUGACCAAUUGCACUCUUCCACACAGAAGCCUUGAUGCAGAGCACGCAACUCCCUUUAGCAAUAAUAGCACUGCGAAUAAACCCUCCCUGAACUCCGCGGAGCAGCAGUGGGUGCUGGAGGGCGGCAGCGGGGACGCGCGGGUGCCCGGCGUCGGCAGCAGCAAGCUGGAGGAGCAGAAGCCCUCGGUGCUGCCCGCUCACCACAGCGCUCUGGACUCGGAGAUGAGGACGAGGGCCCUGCUGCGGCGGCAGGCGGACAUCGAGAGCCGAGCCCGGCGGCUGCAGAAGCGCUUGCAGGUGGUGCAGGCCAAGCAGGUGGAGAGACACAUCCAGCAGCAGUUGGGCGGCUUCUUGGAGAAAACGCUGAGCAAGCUCCCAGCCUUGGACCCCCUGAGGCAUCGGAGCCAGCUGAUGCUGACCAGAAAAGCAGAAGCAGCCUUGAGGAAAGCUGCGAGCGAGACAGUUACUUCGGAAGGCCUGAGCAACUUCCUGAAGAGUGAUUCAAUAUCAGAGGAACUGGAGAGAUUCACGGCCAGUGGCAUGGCCAACUUGAGAUGCAGCGAGCAGGCCUUCGACUCGGAUGUCACUGACAGCAGCUCGGGGGGAGAGUCGGACGUCGAAGAGGAGGAACUGACCAAAGCAGACCCAGAACAACCCCACGUACCACUGAGGCGGAGGGCAGAGUGGAGGUGGGCAGCAGACCGCGCCGCCAUCGUCAGCCGCUGGAACUGGCUCCAGGCCCACGUGUCAGACCUGGAGUACCGCAUCCGGCAGCAGACGGACAUCUACAAACAGAUCAGAGCCAACAAGGGGCUGAUAGUUCUUGGUGAGGCUUCGCCCCCUGACCCUGCAGUAGAUGAUUCCUCCCGUCCUGUUAGAGCUGAGGUCAGGCUGGAGCCUGGGGCUGAGCGCCUGAGUGUGUCUGGAUCCCAGCCCCUAGAAAGCUUGGGAAUUUCUGCUGCAAAUACUCCUGAAUCCCAUCCCACCAAGCCCUGUGGAGCACCAAGACCUGUCAAUGGAGUUAUUAACACUCUGCAGCCUGGCCUGGCAGAACACGCUCAGGGAGAUGGCCAGGAGGCCGAGGAGCUGCUCCACAAGAGGCAGCGCCUGUCGCUGGUCCCCGCGGACGGGACGUGCGUGGCCGCUCGCACCCGCCCCGUCCUCAGCUGCAAGAAGCGGCGCCUCGUCCGACCCAGCACCAUCAUGCCCCUUUCCAAAAAGGCCCAGCGUGGCAGCCUGGCGCGCUGCAGCUGCGACGUGAACCCCUCGUGUGCCCUGUGUGGGAGCCGCAGCCCCGGCACGCUGGAGAUCCAGUACGAUGCCCCCCUGCUGGAGCGCCUCUCGCAGCUGGACUCCUGCAUCCAUCCUGUCCUGUCGUUCCCAGAUGAUGUGCCGACGAGCCUGCACUUCCAGAGCAUGUUGAAAUCCCAGUGGCAGAACAAGCCCUACGAGAAAACUAAAGCUCCCAAGAAGCUGUCGCUGAAGCACAGAGCCCCCGUGCCCCCCAGCCUGGCUGACCCCGCGCGCAAGGACCGCCACAAGCUGGUCAACUCCUUCUUCACCGCGGCCAAGCGCUCCCAUCAAAAAGCCCAAGCAGACAAGGCACACAGGCCGCCUUUAGACGAUUUUUCGGCCGUGUCCAAGGCCGAGAGAGCGCCAGAGCGCUCUGCCCAGCCUCCUGCCUUUGACAAAAAGCGAUUGCGAGACUGCUCAUCUGAGAGGAGUGAAGUGUUGAAGCACCACACGGACGUCGGCGGCCCGAGCUACGUGUCAGCAGCUGUGACCCCCACCCCUCACAGCCCCAUAGCUCGGCAGCUCUCCACCUCCUCCGAGGGCUCUGCUCCCGCCAGCUCUGCUUCCCAGGGCACCUCUGGCACUGCUCAGCCGAGGAGGAGGAGGGGUGAGAGCUCCUUUGACAUAAACAACAUCGUCAUCCCCAUGUCCGUGGCUGCCACCACCCGCGUGGAGAAGCUGCAGUACAAGGAGAUCCUCACCCCCAGCUGGCGUGAAGUUGAUAUCAGCGCUCUGAAAACCAACCCUGAGGAGGACAACGAGGAGGUUGAGGACUUGUCAGAUUCAGCGUUUGCUGCUCGGCACGGGAAGUGUGAGGAGAUGGAGCGGGCGCGGUGGCUCUGGAGCACGAGUGUCCCCCCUCAGCGCCGGGGCAGCAGGUCCUACAGAUCAACAGACGGACGGACGACGCCCCAGCUGGGGAACCCCUCGACUCCCCAGCCAGCAUCCCCUGAGGUGGGCAACUACCACUCCCACUUGGAGCUGUCCCACACCCACUCACCACGCAGCCCCAUCAGCCCCGAACUGCUCUGUGCCCCCCUGACCCCCCUGUCCCGGGACUCCCUGCGGCUCCUGUCCAGCGAGGACACGCGGUGCUCCACGCCCGAGGCCGGCCUGGACGAGCAGGCCGUGCAGCCCUGGGAGCGCCGCACCUUCCCGCUCUCGUACGACCCCCGGACGGAGUGCGAGGAGCAGCCCGACCCCCAGGACCGGCUCUCGCGCUGCACCCGCCGCACGUCGGGCAGCAAAUCCUCCCGGGAAUGCGAUGGCACUUCGGCUUCGCCCAGCCUGCCCAGCCUCAAGAGCCGAGCCCUGCUGGCCCCCCCCUCCUCCUCCUCUUCCUCCUCCUCCUCCUCCUCCUCCUCCUCCUCCUCCUGCUCCGCAGUCCUGCGGCCAGCGCACAGAUAGAGACACACGGGAGACAUGAGCAAACCAACACACAGAACUAACUCUUGGCAUUAAAGCUUCCAAAAUCUGCGUUUGAUAUUCAAACAUCCUGCCGGGAAUUUUCACAGUUUUUAGUGAAUUUAAGGAGUUUAGAAACUGUUGUUUUCUUUUUUUUUUUUCUUUUUUUUUUUUUUCUUUUUUUUUUUUUUUUUUCCUCCUCCAUGUUUCCUCGUCACAUGAAUGAGCCCCCAGAUUCCUCCCAGCGGAGUGAAGCCUCGGGAGGGGAGCAGCCCACCAGACCCCCUCCCCUUUCCUCCCUCCUUUAGGUGUAUAAAACUAGAGCACAGGAUUUAGCUGACUAGCAGAUUUCGGGGAUAGUUUUUCCCACCAAAAGGGUGUCGUUUUCUCUUAACCCACUCCCCCCACCCUGAAAGGUUUUAGUGGAGUGAAAUUAGUGGUGAAAAGUGAUGUCUUGGGAUUGCAACCUUCACUGUCUGGCUGUCCUCACCUGCAGAGUGCCCACCUGCACUUCACCCUCCUGCGUUUUCCUGCCCAGGUUGUAGUUCCAGGGAUCCAAAGGGGGGGUUGUGUCCCUCCCUGGUCCUCGCUCUGCCCCUGGGGACUCCUCUCCCUUCCUUCUCCCCUGGUUUGGAGCAGCCUGGCUCUGGCUGCAUUCCUGGCAGGGGGAGAGGAGGGACCUUGUGGCUGCUCCACACUCAGCGUG